AUGCGAAUCUUGCAAGCCAUUGGUAUUUCUUCAGCCUGGGCUAUUGGAGCAGGGUCUGUCGCCGAUAUUUAUGAAGUUCACGAAAGAGGCAAUGCAUUGGGUAUUUAUUUUACCGGACAAUUCGCCGGGCCUUUAUUUGGACCUAUUUUUGGAGGCUAUUUAGUUGAAAGAUGGGGAUGGAGAUCUGUAUUUUGGUUAUUGUUUGUGUUUGGAUGUAUUCUUUUACUGUUGGUGUUUUUCGCAAUGGAAGAAACAUACCGCGAAGAAUCCGUGUGGGGUAAAGAUGGUACGGAGGAGACGAAUAUCAAUGAAAAGCAGGAAACGGAUUCGACUAUUGUUGAAACCAAACGCAUGAAUCCAUUGGCCUCUUUAGCCUUAUUACGACACCCAUUUGUAUUGGUCUUUUCGAUGGCAACUGGAUUUGCGUUUGGUGGUAUGUUUGCCAUUGAGAAUAUGCUGCCUUCUUUAUACACAAACGUUUACGGAUUGUCUUCCGGUUUGGUGGGACUUACGUUUAUUUCACCUGGAUUAGGUGAAGUCAUCGGUUCCUUGAUCUCUGGUAAAUUAUCUGAUAUAUUUUUGAACCGUGCACGAGCAAAACGUGAUGGCGUUGCUUUACCCGAAGAUAGAUUAGCACCCAAUGUGUGGCCUGCUGCCUUUAUCUUGAACCCACUUUCAUUCUUUUUAUGGGGUUGGCCUAUUCAAUUUGGAUGGAGUAUUUGGGUAUCCAUUAUCAUGUUUGGUGUACAAUGUUUUGCCAUGGUUCAGGUGUUUAACCCUGCCAUGUCUUAUUUAGUUGAUGCUGUAGCUGAACGCGGAGCUAGUGUCACUGCAGCUGCAAAUCUCGUAAGAAUGAUUUGGUCCUGUGUUCUUAGUUUAAUUGCAAAUCCAAUGACAGAAGCAGUGGGACCAGGUUGGGUAACAUUCUUUUUUGGCAUGCUUAAUUUUGUUUGGGCAUUUUUAUUAUUAUUGAUGAAACUGAAGGGACCGAAAAUCCGUGCGUACUCUGGAUAUUAA